CUUUUCUUUUUCUUUCUGCGUUCUUUAUAUCCACCUCUAUCUUUAAAAAAAAAAUACAUACUGACCAGUAGUAAGUCUGUGGCGCGCAUCUUAACAUCACCACUGAUUUCUUUACGAUAAAUGCAGAAACAUGGCCAUUGUAUAUAUUUGUACUACCUCUAACCUCCCCACAGUCGCCUCGUGCCAAGUUGACACGGACAGAUAUGCUACUGCAUCGGGGGAUCAGAGAGCAGAGGAUCUCUCCUUGUCUCUUGCAUCGCCACCUCUCGCUGAACGUCAAGUCAAGAGGCCGAUCGAGGUACUCGUUCUGCAAAAAAAAAGGGCCCUCUAUUAUACGUAGUUGAGUUGAUCUUAUAGGAACCCAUCCAGCACGCAAUGCAAGGCUGCAAUUUGCAAUCUGUGUCCCAAAACAGACAAGGGAAGGACGCAAUAAACUAGGAUUAUCCUCUCCACAGACCACACUGCCAACCCGAGCUCUGUCGGCGACUCACCACCGACUCCGACGCAUGCAUUAGUGCUUAUAUUGCUCUAGUUUUUAAACUCACUGCUACGAAUAAACAAUAAACAAUCACGAAAUUUUAAAAAAAGGUGGUGGAAUAAAUAAAUAUCUACGGAUGGGUUCAGCCUUUACAGCAACGAGCUAACAAACUGACUGGUGCUUAAACAAGCCGAGCAAAGCAGAGCAUGUGUCCCAUAGAAAAAAUGGCGCAUAAAGAGAGAGAGGAGGGGGGGUCGGUUGGGGCAUCGGGCUCACGCUACAGCGCCAACGGAACGCGCCACCUACUCCCUCCACUCGAUCAGCAGCAGCGGCAGAGGAGGGAGGGCCGGAGGGGCCUGGCCUGUCGCUAACGAAACCGUACCGCGCCCCCGAUGGUACUUGCCCUGGGGUCCCCGGCCGUAUUCAUCAUUUAGCUAAACUGUCUCCGUAAGAGAUUCUAGACCACACACAUGAUGUGUGGAAUCAUAUUCAUUAUUUUUUUUGGUUGAGUGACGAGUCACGGAUCCAAGAAUCGAGAGCAUAUUCCAUUGCCGAAGGCUCAUGUGCAAUAUAAAUAAAUAAAUAAAAAGUUCCUACUACUAAGAGCAGUACACUACCAGCGCUGCUGUGGUCUAUGUGCACACGGCUCCAAGCAGGAGUAAUAAUAAAUCUUUUUUUUUGUCACAAAUGGAAGCAAGCUUUGGCUUUCCCUCUAUUCUGCUUUGCCGGUUUGUUCGUCAGUUGUCACUCGGUGUGUCCGAAACUACGAAAAUUGUCUCCGUUCCGUUUUCUGACGGUGAAGAUAUUACUGCUACUACCUCCCCAUACACGUGGCAAAAAAAAGAGAGAGAAUUAUCCACUUAGAGCGAGCGGCGGGGGUAAAGUUCAAUUCAAACCCGGCAGGAUAAAGCCACGUCACUGAAGACCAGCGCGGCACCGCGUCGGACGGGGAUGACGGAACUGCCCCCGACCUUACGACGCACGCGUGCCGGCGCCGCGGUUCAGGCGUCGCCGUCGUCGGAGCGAGGGGAGGGGGGGUAGGACCGUCCACCCCGUGUCUCAGUGUCUGGCGUCUCCUCUCGGCUCGUUUAACACACCCACCGUCCCACCCACCCACUGCUGCAGCUGCUGCACGGUGCGCGUAAAUAUAACCCCGCAACAAGUGGGACGCCGCUUCUGCUCCUCCGUCGUCCGCUCCUCUCCUCUCCCCCACCCGUCGUCUCCUUGUCGUCCUUGCCUGCGGAUUGGGGCGGCACGGCAGUCGGCACAGCCUCUCGCUUCUCCCGCGCGCGAGCCCUUUCUCCACGGCCGCGGCAUGACGUUGCCGGAGGCGAAUGCCGGUGCGACGCCGCAGAGGAAGAAGAACUCGCCAGAGAUGGAGUUCUUCAGCGAGUACGGCGAUGCCAACAGAUACAAGAUCCAGGAGAUCAUUGGCAAAGGGAGCUAUGGGGUCGUCUGUUCGGCUAUUGACCAACAUACGGGCGAGAAGGUAGCCAUCAAGAAGAUACAGAACAUCUUCGAGCACCUGUCGGACGCUGCCAGGAUCCUCCGCGAGAUCAAGCUUCUCCGGCUGCUGAGGCACCCCGAUAUCGUCGAGAUCAAACAUGUUAUGCUGCCCCCGUCGAGGAGGGACUAUAGAGAUAUUUAUGUUGUGUUUGAGCUGAUGGAUACCGACCUUCACCAAGUUAUUAAGGCUAACGAUGACUUGACGAAGGAACACCAUCAGUUCUUUCUCUAUCAGAUGCUGCGUGCAUUGAAAUAUAUUCAUACUGCUAAUGUUUAUCAUCGUGAUUUAAAGCCAAAAAAUAUAUUAGCAAAUGCUAACUGCAAACUCAAGAUAUGUGAUUUUGGGCUAGCAAGGGUUGCAUUUAAUGACUCUCAUACCACAGUUUUCUGGACGGACUAUGUUGCUACUAGAUGGUACAGGGCUCCUGAGCUGUGUGGAUCUUUCUUUAGUAAGUAUUCACCGGCUAUUGAUAUGUGGAGCAUCGGUUGCAUUUUUGCGGAGAUUUUGACUGGGAAGCCUUUAUUCCCUGGUAAAAAUGUGGUUCACCAGCUGGAUUUGAUGACUGAUCUCCUGGGUACACCAUCAACAGAUACUAUUUCACAGAUUCGGAAUGAGAAAGCAAGGAGGUAUCUAAGCAGCAUGAGGAGGAAACAGCCAAUACCCUUCUCAGAGAAGUUCCCCAAUGCAGAUCAUUCGGCGCUCAAGCUCUUACAAAGGCUUCUUGCAUUUGAUCCUAAGGAUCGACCGACGGCCGAAGAGGCAUUGGCUGAUCCCUACUUUAAAGGCAUUGCAAAAGUGGAGAGGGAACCAUCCUGUCAGCCAAUUUCGAAAAUGGAAUUUGAGUUUGAACAGAAGUUUACCAAAGAGGAUGUCAAGGAACUUAUAUUCCAGGAGAUACUGCAGUACCAUCCUCAACUUCUGAAGGACUACAAGAACGGCUCUGAAAAGACGAGUUUUCUAUAUCCCAGUGCUGUUGACAGGUUCCGUAGGCAAUUUGCUAGCUUAGAAGAAAAUGGAGAGAGGAAUGCCACGCUUGACAGGAAACAUGUUUCUCUCCCAAGGACAACAACCGUUCACUCCACUCCAAUUCCUGCAAAGGAAGGUCCAGCAGCAACCUCCCAGAUUGCUCAAAGGAUUCCAGCAGCUAGACCAGGAAGAGUGGUAGGCCCAGUAUUGCCAUUCGAGAGCGCAAGCGUCACCGAUCAACACAUCGCCCGACGGGUGGCAAGGAACCCAGCUGUUCCUCCAGCAACGAACACCUCGUCAGUCUACUGCUACCACCUCAAGUCGGACAGCUCCGACAGGCAGGAGCAUCAUCUAGAGCGUGAGAAAGAUCGAAGGCAGUAUAGGCCAGGGCAGCAUUUCAUGGAUGCCAAGGUAGCCCCUGAGAUGGGCCGGGAUAUACGCCCGUCACAGUACUAUGUCUCAAGGGGCUUGCCCAAAGCUGAUCUAACAGACAGGGCCACCCUCCAUAGGAGCGCUCUUCAUGGCGUUGCUCCCUUCAAUGGCAUCGCAGCGGCCGCUGGUGGUUACAGCCAGGCCGGUGUUCUUCACUAUGGAGUUACAAGUUUGUACUAAGAGCGAUGCCCUUGGGGAGGGUAAUAUAAGAUGGGGAAACCGGAGUGCAGAUCCAGCUGCCCCCUUCCCACUCUUGCACUGCCUGGAAAAUCGGAGCACGCGCGUACCUGAUCCACGAUGCAUGUGUCCGGAAAGGAUUUUCAGGCUGGGAACUGGCGAGUGUCACCUUCAUUGCUCCUGUUUGAAUGAGCUAUGGGGAUGGUCUUGGGCCAACGUUGUGAUCUGAAGUGAAAAGCAAGGUGGUCGACAAUUCGGGUUGGUUAACUGCCUGCCCCUUUCGAAGAAAGGGGGAAAAUUAUCCAUGUGAGGAAAAGGCUAGGGAAAAUUUGUGGAUAGCUGUACAGUGCAACACUUAGAUUUGUAUUUAACCAACUGAAAUGUUUUGUUCCAGUUAUAAACGUUUAAAUCAUAUAAUGUUGUUUAUAUAGGUGGAAUUUUCCUAA